GAAGAGCCAUCUUUUUAAGUGUGUAGAACAAACUACAGGUCUGCAAAACCAGCUGAAUGUUCUGGAAAACGCUGAUUAUUAUUAUUAUUAUUAUUACUCUGUUUCUUCAACAUCUGCAGUGUUUGUAUCUGAAAGGCUUUCCUUCUGUGACGUCACCGCGUCGGGCGGAGAAAGGAAACCGAAAAUGUCGCUUCAGGACGAAAAACGAAAACUAGACCAAUCUGGCGUCGCUUCCUCUCCGCCUAUUGGCUGGCGCGCCCGAGGGGGCGUGGCUAUGCCGGUGUUUAUAAUGAGCGCGGCUGAUCUGGAGAGCUGGACUCGAUCUUUCUUUCUUCCAUUGGAGGACGCAAAGCAGAAGACUGACCAUCACCUGCCUUCAUACAGGACACCGGUCACUCAGAGGUUAUUGAUUUAUUGAUCCAGUGAUGGAGCUGAUUGUGAAGCUUGUGAGCGGAGAGUGCCGCAGUGUGCGCGUGAGUGGAAAUGCCACGGUGGGCGAGCUGAAGCGGGCGGCUGCGCAGAGCUUCGAUGUGGCCACCUCAUGCGUGCGGCUCUCCACGGGCAACGGGCUGCGGGUGAGCCUGGAGAGCGAGCUCACUCCACUGAGCAGCUACGGCCUCAGCUCAGGCUCCACCGUCAUGCUGCUGCUGCUCGCACCUUUCCAGGUGUUCGUCAAAAACGAGAAGGGCCAGGUGAAAACCUACGACGUGACCGAGGAGGAGACGGUCAGCGAGCUGCAGAGGAAGGUCUACAACAAGGAGGGCACCCCCAUUGACCAGCAGAGGCUGAUCUUCGGCGGCAGGCAGCUCGAAGCCGGGAAGCUGAAGGAGUACGGCAUCGCCAACGGAAGCACCAUUCACCUGACCCUCCGUCUGCGGGGGGGCUAACGAGGCUAACAGACCUCCUUCGGGCCGUUUCAGUGCUCUUUAAACGAGCCCUCGUCGACUUGACUUCACUCUUACUGGACUCUUUUCCAUAACUUUGUUAGUAUAAGUUUAUUAAAUGAGGCCUUCGAGGGAACAAGUGAGCAUUAGCUUUAGCAUUAGCACAUUAGCCUCGCAAUCACUGACAUUUCUCUUUUCAAACCCCCAAAACGUGGAGAGCAAAAGCCACAGCAGCAAAAUAUUUCAAAGGGUUUCCUGUUUCAAAACUAUAACAUUGAACUGACUACGGUCGAACUGGCUAAUACAGCUUCAUUACUCUGCUAGCUUGCUUUGCUAGUUAGCAAGCUAAAAGCUACAAACAACAAAAGUAAAGGUAACUCACCACGGUUUUAAUUCAACACUUACAGACAGACAGUUAUUCACACAAUUUAUGUUCAAACGUCUGAAAAACACGUCAGCAUUACAAAGUUUGCAUGGUUAGCUGGUUAGCACAGUGAGGCUAACCUAGCCGAGCACACUCAGGUUGAGUAAUCCCUUCCACCCCAAGCAGCCCCUCGAGAAACGUAGGUGCAGUUGGGGAAUUGAAGUUGACGGUUGAUGAUUCAGCAUUAGUAGAUGUUCACUUGCGAGUGGUCAAAGUUGAAGUUGGCAUGUUAAGGAAAAAAAGUACUGAAAUGAACUGCAGUUUCACAGAGCAGCGUUCCUCCUGUUAGCCUUUUAGCUUAGAACUACUUUAUGUAGUCUGCCAAAGCUAAUGCUGAACAGUGUUGAGGCUGCACUUGUUUUUUUCUGUUGGUUUUCAUACUAAAAAUGAAAAAAAAAAAAAGGUGAAAAUGGUUUAGAAGCUGCACUUUCAACAUCAUUUCUGUGUGUUACAUAAAUAAAAAUGACUAUUUAAAAUUCUUAAUAUAUUUUUUAAAUAAUCAAAGAACCUGCUUUUGUUAUCGCUGGCGAUAACUGCACCUUAAGCCCAAACUCAGGCCUGUCCAAUAGGAGGAGAGACCACGGAUCUUCUUCAUUCCUAUUGGACAGCCCUCACUUUUGGUUUAAGUGAUCCAGUUUAGUGAGAAAUCCUGCUUUGGGAAACAUUUUCCUGUUUUUUUUUUAAGAUUUAAUGUUGUAAGUUAUACUCAUAUAUUUAAUUAUAUGCUUUAGUUAUAUUUAUUCACUCUAGGCUAUGUGCAGUGCUGCCACUGUUAACGUUAGCACAGUUUAGCUGUUGAAAUCUAACAUGCCAAGUAUUUUCUCUGUGACCAACAUGUUUUUAAGUGAUGUUCCCUUGUAAACACCUGCUGUUCAUUAAAUUAUUGCUUUGUUAAAACA